AUAUGGUCAACGUCAGAGGUUCAAUUCUGUCAUCAUAACUUUAUCAUAAACAACUUUCAAUCACCUGAAGUAUGAGAAUUAUAGGUUUUACAGUGCUAAUUCUCACAAUUUCCCAAAGUGCCCAGAAUGUUUAUUAAAUUGAAUAAGGUAAUUCUUUGUAAUUUAUUGCAGCAACUAGCUACACCUGAAGCAUUCCACAGAGAUCCGUCGCUGGUAUGGGAGUUUUAUCAUCACAGACGAGAGGUCAUGGUCACAAAGAAACCUAACCAGGCCCACAUUGCCAUAGCUGAAUGUGAGGAGAGGCUUGCGAAGCAGAAUCGUCGUGUGAUUGUCAUCACCCAGAAUAUUGAUGAGUUGCACCGCCAAGCAGGCACCAAAAACAUCCUCGAACUUCAUGGAAGUCUGUUCAAGGUGAGGUGUACGAAAUGUGAGGAGGUUACUGUCAACAGGGACAGUCCAAUCUGUGAGGCACUGGCAGGCA